CCCCGCCCCUUGGAGACGCGCGGCGGCUGGAGCUCGGCCGCCGGGGCCGCGGGCGGCGUGAGAGCUGCGCCGGGCUGGGGCACCCGGGCGGCCGCCGCCAUGAAGCUGACGCGGAAGAUGGUCCUGUCCCGGGCCAAGGCCGCGGAGCUGCACAGCGUGCGGAAGCUCAACUGCUGGGGCAGCCGCCUGACUGAUAUCUCCAUAUGCCGGGAAAUGCCCAGCCUGGAAGUGAUCACCCUCAGCGUCAACAGCAUCUCCAGCCUGGAGCCCGUGAGCCGCUGCCGGCAGCUGAGGGAGCUCUACCUGCGCAAGAACCGCGUCCCCAGCCUGGCCGAGCUGGUGCACCUGAAGGGCCUCCCGCGCCUGCGCGUGCUGUGGCUGGCGGAGAACCCCUGCUGCGGCGCCUGCCCCCGCCUCUACCGCAUGACCGUCCUGCGCAACCUGCCGCACCUGCAGAGGCUGGACAACCAGGCUGUGACCGAGGAGGAGGUGUCCCGAGCACUGGUGGAGGGAGAGGAGGUCACGGCGCCCAGCAGAGAGGACUUGGGGAACGGUCCGCCCGCGCUGUCCUACGUCCUGAGCGCUGUGGACGCCACUGGCGAGACACCACGGGACCCGCUGAGCCUCGGCCAGGAGGAGGCCAGCGUCCAGGGGCAGCUUGGCCUGAAGCCCCCUUCCCGGGACCGGUUUCCUUCCUUCUCGCAGAGGGAGGCCGCGAGCAGUCGCAAGAACAGGAACAACAUCCUGACCGCCAUCCUGUUGCUGCUGCGGGAACUGGACAGCGAGGGGCUGGAGGCCGUCCACCAGACCGUGGUCAGCCGGCUCCAGGCCCUACAGAAGCAGGAGCUGCAGGAGGAUGUGGAGUGACUCAGCGGGGAUGCCGAGCUAAAGCCCAGCACCUUCCUGAGCACCUGGGCGGACACAGCCGCAGCUUCUGCUGGACCCCAGGCUGAGCCCUGGUUCACAGGGCUGCAUCCUUGGGAAGCCUCGUCCACCUGGGAGAGCCGAGCUCUCACCGUGGACGGGCAUCCUGGCAGGGGCAGGCGCGGCUGGCUGGGCAGACCUGCCCCGUGCCCUCCGCUGUGAGGGGCCGUGGCCAGAUGCCCCCCUGAACAGCAGGGCCUCCUCCCCUUGCCUCUUCCCGAAGGUGGGUUUUGCAGCCGUUUGCCCUAAUAAAUAUUUUUCCAAAGUCUGA